AUGGCCCUGCCCCUUCGGGUAUGGCGUCCCACCUCCGACCCCGCUUCGGGCUUAGUGCCCACGCUGGCCGCUUUUACCGCCCCCCGUCAUCUGCCAUCCAUCUAUAAAGGACCGCUUGCCCUCCCCUCGACUCGUCGACGCACUUCGUCCUCUUCGACACCCCUGCCUGGCUUCCGCAUCCCUUUCUUCGCCGGCCCCGCCGCUUCCUGCGCAUGGACCUUCAGCCUGAUGCACUGCCCCUUUCAUUACGUCGGCGACGCCGUGUUGUCCGGCCGCCCCAGGGGAAGAAACACCGACGUGAUUCCUGAUCCAGUCUUCUACCGCAUUGGGUGUGCUUGA